AGCUGUUAGAUCUGUUAUGCUGUAACUAACAGCAGCAGUACGAACUGGCUAUAGAUACGAUGGGUGUCUGUGUGUUCCAUACGUAGAUGGUCCAUUGACAGAUACUCGGAUCACUAAUAAUCUACGUGAAUGACUCCCGAUUAUUUUAACACAGUUCGUUCUAAAGAUUGUAUUCAAACAAUUCACAGCGACGGUCGAACAAGAUUUCAAUCCUAUCAUUCCAGAUAUGCACACAAAUCAGUCGCGUGAGAUGGGCACACACAAUUGUGGAAGUGUCUUCAAAAUGUGGUGACUUUAUUUCAAUAUUAUAACUAAACGAGGAUAUUUAUCGAUAUUUGAUGCUCGGCAAACGUACGCUGCAUCACUUACCCAAAGGAAGUGGCAAGUGACUGUGUCUGAUCCACUCCGGGUGGAGGCCGUAAUUAGUAUAGCUGGCACACAACUGGUUGCUUUAUCAAUCCUGUUAAAGUUCGAUGAAGUAAUACGAUUCUGAUCGGCGAUAUCGGGUUCGCGAGGUGCUCUCCUAUCGUGCGUCAAGUCCGCAUGGCUUAAAAAGAAUCUGUUCAAGCUCGUCUAGUUAAGACUCUACCGACAAGAUACCGUAGAUGUAUCCUGUAGUGGCAUAUGCUCACUUCAUAUCAUUGGAUUUCAUUAAACUUUUUUUUCGGUUACUUUAAUAUUCUAAUAUCCUACAUUUUGUUCAAACGUCAUCUUUGGUUCCGCAUUUUUGAUGUGGUGCCGGGAGUCAUCACUUUAAAUAGUUAUAAAUCGCUGCAGGCAAAAUCUAUAUAUCUUCCCGGACAUUAGCGUUCUAGUGACUCGCCAUGUUUGCAUAUAUUUUCCACCACUGUGCAUUUUAUUCUGAAUAAAUGCGAAUUUAUCAAUAUGUCAGUCUGUCCUUUCAAUAAAUUUCACCGGUGCCGUUUGUAUUGAGGAAGAAAAAAUAUUGCGAACAUACUCGCGAAUGAAAAGGAGAAUGUAAGCGGCAUGCAAACAGACCGAUAGAUUACAAUUGAAACUGUGAGGUCUGCAGUCUCAUUUAUCAUAACAAUGAAUAAAUAAAAAAAAAACAAGUGGAUACAAAGUUUCAAUACUCGUAUAGCGGAAAAAAGUAUAAGGGACCUCUCAGGGGUAGUUUUUUAUAGAUUUUUUUUAACUCACGUAUGAAGUCACGAUAAUUUUAUGCUUUUUCUUAAUACCAUAUCGAGCUAAUUCGAGCUAGUUCAGGAAACAAGUGACAUCAAUCGCAAACGCUCAUAAAUAUAUGCUACUCAUAUAACGGGAAGCGGACGUUGUCGAUCCGACUAGUGCGAUUUGCCGUUCCAGUGUAGAUUCGACUACGUCCGCCUGUUAAAUUUCCGGCGUUUUAAGUAGUGGGACAUUACUUUACAACUGAAUUCUGCUGGAAAAAACGUCUAUUCAUUAUCUGUCUGUAACUAAAACAGCUUGUUAAAGUCCAUAAUAAAUAACUAUAAUGAAUAUAGUUAACGCUACAGCAUAUCAAGUUAUAGCUAUACAUGUUACAGUUUGUUGUUUUUACCAGAGUUGUUGAUGGUGCUGAGCUAUUGAUGAUUGCUACUAAAGACACGUUGCUUGUACUGUUAAUAUAACGAAUGUGCAAGCAGGAGACUGAAAGCACUAGCCGAUAUGUUAUGGUUGUAAUACGUCUAUCUUUUUUUAAGCUAUCGUGAUGUUGUAUGUAUCUUGAAUUUAUCUUAAGCCCAAAUUUCAAUGUUUCUGUUUUUAAACUCACACUAUCUAUGAUGGUAAUAAAAUCAACAAAAAUGGUAAUAUAUCAUCGUUACGAUUAAUUUUUGUUACAAAAUGUGAGCAUACACCUACGGAGCCUUGAGUCUGGGCAAACUUGUAAAGUUACAGUCUUUCGUUUUUUUAUAAGUAUUACGUACUAGUCGACGACACAUAGCGAAGCUCAACAGAUGUCGUGUAUUGAAAGCUGACAUUUAAAAUACCUUGUUUGUCCUAGGUCAAAAUGAUGUCUUCAAAAUCAUUAACUAUGGACCGGCUGCUGAAAAGCAUCGAAGCGAUUAAGGCCACUUCCAGACCACAUGAUUGCGAGAAGGGCCAAACUGAGUUGAAUAGAACUGAACUUUUCGGUCAUUGCUGCUACCUCGCGGACUCCAUCUGCACCGAGCAAACUAAGGGUUUGACGGACUUCGGUAAACUGCUAAGUUCCGUGUUCGAGUGCUUCUUCAUUGUAAGCGCCAACCCAAAUCAAAAUGCUCGCCUCGUUGCGGCCGAAUGCCUCUCGUUAACCAUCCAGCGUCUCGUUGAAAGUCAUCUAUCGCGAGUUCAAGCGGAGUUGUACAAGGAAAUUAAGAGGAGCGAGGACAAACGUCGACUUGCAUUGGCUUUAACAAAAUUCGCCCAAUUGGCGCCGUUAAUUAAGCAUGCAAAACGAAGGCCGUAUUGCGUUAAUCUUGUUCCAUGUAUUUUAAAAAUGCUCCAGCGGAAAGAUCAGUUUCUUCAGGACGAAGCGGUCGCUAAUGCCCUAGAGGAGAUUCUUACAGUUUUGGGCCCAUACACAAGCCAUGAGGAUGUCACACAGCUGAUCGCUGCCUGUAUUACUGUCCUCACCUCAACAGUCGAACCAUCCUUAAUCCGAGUCGCAUCGCGCAUCCUGGUUUGUCUUGCUGUUCAAUGCCGUAAAAGCCUCAGCAAUUGCGAGUUUCUCCGAACCACUCUCGUAGGACAUCUUCACCGAAAUGAAGAACAAACAUUACCCGCUGCCCUAGUUUGUCUCCGCUAUUUAACAAAAGAAUACGAGGCUGUGGGAAUGGAAGAAUCAGCUGUGGAGGAGGCAUUUUUUGCUGUGCUGCAUUGCACGGCUAUUAUUGAGGGCAGCUCAUUGAGUUGCCCCGCUUUAGAAUGUCUACGAGAGAUCAUUUCGCGGUGCCCGGCAUUGCUCAAAAGGCCCUUAAAUCGAACGAUUGCCAUUAAAAAAAAUAGCUCCGAAUCUAGGAUAUGUAAUUGUAACUCGGAUUGUCCUUUAAUUACUUUAAAGGACGAACUUGGUGACCUACCCGCUUCACAUUUUAUUGCCACGUUACUGGUCAAUAAAUACGUCGGAGAACGUUCUAACAGCAAAUAUCAGGUGAGUCAAUUUUCGCUAGCUCUGAACUGUGUCGUACGAUGUUUGUCCGCUGAACCGACUGUUCUUUCCCGUCUGGGCCCCGUACUGGAAAGUGCUUUUGCCGAACAAUCGGAUGAUCCUCAUUUGGUGUCUAACGUGCUUCACCUGAUUGCGGUGACCGCAAAUGUCUGGAACGCGCAAGUGUUGUGUCUUUACUUAGGCGAGCCUCGAUCAAACGUUGACAGAGCACUUUCAUCGAUACUCGGCCGUCUAGAAGAUAAAGAUCCUUUGUGCCAAAAAGCUGCUCUAGAUGCGAUAAAGGUAUUCAUUCAUUCGUACCUGAAGACAGCAAGUGAUAAAGAAGUCCUUGGUUUGGUAGAUGCGUUAUAUCGGCUCAGGACGUCAACAUAUUUCCUUCUACGAGUGACCCUAUGCGAAGUCAUUGCCGAAGUUCCAUUUGUAUAUCUUCGUCUGGCGCGUCGCGUCCAGCAACGCCUGAUCGGUGAUGUCCUUCUGUCGAGCGAAUUUAUUGGUUCGGAGGACCAGCGUGUUCGUCAAGCAGUGGCUAAGGCCAUCUGUUCCUGUGUGGCUACGAUGAACAACACGUCUAGCCGCGUAACUCUUUGCCUCGCCCAAUAUUCAAAAAUUGGUCGACAUGUUGAGAACACUAUGGGUCGAAACAGGCUUUUACAACAGAACAUUAGUUGGACGAUAAGCAAACUUGCGCAACUGGUCAUGCUUUCUGAGGAUAAGUAUCUUUUGGACGGUGUCCUGGUAGCACUGCACUCGAUUCUUGAGGCGUACCCUGCCACGGAAUUCGAUUACCCAUUGGGUGUAGGAUUUGUUGGUCAUUUAAAUCAUCUAAUGACCUGUUCGAGUCUAAUGCAUGACACGAGUUUGCAUUCACUGAUGCUUGACAUUACGAGUCGACUUAUUGUUGCGUACGGGAGAGACUACGCUAAACAAAAUGCAAGCGGCACUACUAGUGGAGAUUCAUGGGCAUUGCUGGUUGGUGCCGAUCAGCUUAAGGCUGAGUUGUCUCUCUCUCUUGACCAUGUACUUCGGGUGAUAGCGAUUCACGCUGAGGUAGCCGAGAAACCGAUUAGUAUGAUGCAAAGAUGGGUACCAAAACCAGCAGACAAGCCGCUUCUGCUGAAUUUAGAACGUGAAGAUAGUGAUCUUUUACGGGUGAAUCGGGAGACAGAACAGACGGUAGACGGAUUCGUUCUGACUCGUGAAAUGCACUAUGGAAAACUGCAGGAAGGCAUCACUGCUGCAUUUAAGGCGGCGUCGCUUAAUACGAGUUUAUCUUCAAGUGCACCAUCUCCACUAUUACUCGCUAGCCUUUCUGCGAUCGAUAAUUUACUAUCACUAUGCCUAAUGCAGGACUUUACGACGCACAUUCAGCCUUUGAUCGGAAACCUGCAUACGUUGUUCGCUCUUGCACCGGUUGCUGUCAUUCGAACUACCACAGAAGUAUUAAGGACGCUGUUUGCGACCAACUAUGCAGGAAUGCAUUCGCGUACGGAAUAUGACAGAGGCCGAUCGCCAAAUCAGCUCGAACAGCGGAGAUGCGAUGAAUCUCGAGAUCUCUAUAGCGUCUUAAUUGAUGAGCCGUAUCUUCAAUUCACGAAACGAAUUAACUGCCAUCCACCUCUUAUCAGUGAACAGCUACUUCGAAAUAACAAAUGGUAUGAGACUUCGUGGGGCUCAACAGUGGUGCGUCCUGCAACGAAUGUCAAAUCCGCGUUGACACCACAUAUUCGCAUGUUCGAGCCGGUUGCCCAGCAGGCACUCAAAUUUUACGUUUUACUAGUUUCGCCCGAACUACAAGAAGUCGUUCUGCAGAUGCUUAUUGAGCUGGUUAAGGGCGUUGGCUCAAGACAAACGUCGGAAUACUAUGACCUUCCACCCUCGAUACAAAUGUUUCUGGCAGAAUAUACAAGGAUGACCAAGCAGGGCUUUGGCCGCAUUAACUAUACCCUGCUUGAUGCUCAUCAAAAAUUUCUGAAGUACGUUAUCGAACAAUUGGAGCUGCUGUUUGAUCAAGGAAUUCCGUCACCUGUGAUGACGUUCGAAAAGCUACUACCGAAACUGAUGGAAUUUUUGCUUCUAUUGGCCAAAGAAAAGUACUCGUCAAAGCUGGUCGUUUCAGUUCCAAAGAUCUUAAAAAUAUGCGAGCGCUUACUCGAGCCCGGAUCAUCUCUUACCGGUCGAGCAUUGCCCCUGGUAGAGCCUCUGGUCAAGGAUUUGUUUGCGAUCUCCGCUGAGGAUGCGGAAAGUAACAGAGCUGCUGUGCUACGCUUGGUGGAACGACACGCUGAUUCAGUGGCCUGCCUUCGUCUGCUCAGUCGAGUCAUUCAGAGCUACGAACUGGCAGAGGAUCGGUGGAGGAAGAUUUCUCGUGAGGUGGCGGACAUGGUGCUGAUUAGGUUCUCCCGGGGAGAAAUACCUAUUCACUCUAUAGAAGACCACUCGGUUUUGGAAGAUCUAUUCUGCGCGAUGCCGUCAUCGGUCUUUAGGCCCGUGGAUCUCAUUUUAAAAGCACUUUUUGUAACGGGCAGACAUUCUAAUACUCACCUGCUAAGUUAUUUGUCACUGUUACUCGUUGUUUGGCGUCUUCUUAUGACCCAUUCCGAAGAGGAUAUUGUCCUUGACCGUCUUCAGGAUUUCCGCGAUGACCUAGAAUUACCAGUCGAGAUGGAUUCAAAACUACAGCAAAGUGAUUUAUUAGGAAUGGAGCAAAAAUUAAGCGACUAUCUGGUGAACGUACUAUUAUACGUGCUGGAAGCAUCGUUGAAUGAUGGUCAACUUGUCGAAUUCGUGUCACUUCUUCUCUCCGAACUGACCUACGUACUGCAAUCCGGCAAAUAUCCAAAGCUGUGCCACGCGCUCGUCUUACUCUUGUCUGAAAAUAGUGCUCUGCUCGAAGAAUACAGUCGGCGCUUACUUGCCAAGCACGUCGAUCGGGCGUACCUGAUCAGCCAAUGGUGUCACCUCCUCAUACUGACCGAUCAAACGUGCCGAAUUUAUGGCUGGUGGGAAUCAUUAAUCAAUGAACGGGGCCAGAACCUUUUGACAGAUCUGCACGCCGAAACGGCACUCAUCUUGCUGUCUGAUUACUUCGAUGACAAUAUCGACAAUGUCCAAGAGCAGCUGAGCAAGUUUCUCAGUGCUAAUGCGUCGUUUAUUGUCGAACUAUGCAAUGAGCCCCCGAUUCAACAGCUGAUCGCCUCGGUUCAUCGACGCAAAGAACUAAGUCGUUUUUUCAACGACUGCAGCUGCAAUGUCGACCUCUGCCGUAAGGCCCAACGGGUGUACAAUUUGCUCAAGUCAAUACCAAAAAGUGACCCGUCGUCACAGGAUAAGGUUCUCCUAUUCUUAGUAAUGGAGAUUUUCCCGCUUGCACCCGAGUACACACGUCAGGCAAUGACCGAGCUCCUUGACCAGAAUCUCCGUAGACACCUCCAGCAGGAUCUGUGGUCGCAACUGACGGCCCUUCUUUCCCUGGCACCUUUAAGAGACCUCCGUCAGCUACGUAACCACCUCGUAAGCGCCGACGCAGUUGCUAGUCAUUUCUCCAGUAGCAACACGACGGAAUGCGUUGAAGACGAAAAGUUCUUCCUCGACUACCUCUGCACAGUUGAAGACCCGCUGGAGGUGUGCGAGAUUCUGCAGAAGCUAAGCGACAACCUGGCGGACACUGAAGGGGCGGUUAACAAGCUGUUCUCGGUUGAAGACGAUCUUCGCAAGCUUCGGCUGGCCACCGUUGCCCUAGAGAAGGCUCCGCUCACGGUCUACUUCUAUAGAAAAAGUGUAGCCUUUCUAUCGCAGGAUAUUCCUAAAAAGCAAUUGCUUAUGUAUACGCGGGCGUUCGAAGCACUACUGAGGCGGACCCGACAAGAACAAAAGCCCGAUUUAUAUAGUCGGUGUAGAGAAACGUUGUCAUCAAUUACGAAGCUAUGUGGUGGAAUUGUUUCAGACGGCUGCCAGGAAAUGGCCGCUCUUCGACGGGCCUUUAACAGCGUCUCAAACAUACUUUCAGAAGUGCCGAUAAAGGAGUGCCUUGGCAUCAAAGCUGUUUUGACUAUGGCACAAGUAUUGCACCGAUAUAUAAGCCAUUUUAGCCCCAUCCCAGACAUCCCGGAAUUUGAUGAAGACGAGCGCCAAGCUAGCGUACUCGUGUCGUUAUUAUUAAACUGGUGCGAAGAGUCAAUGAUGGAAAUACCACUGGGAGUUCACGUGAAGGAUCUUAUACGACACCUAGCAACUAGUGCUGUUAACGAAUGGAUUCUAGCACCUCACCCGACGCUACUUCGUGGUGAAUGGCCGCGUCCACAGGUGCCCUGCGACUCGUAUCUUGAUAUCCAAGUUCUACAGAAGUUUAUGUUCCGUUGCAACUUUGUCGGCUGGUCUAGUCGCACCCAGUUCGAAGAAAGCUACGUGACUUUGUUGGGAGUGGUGAAUCACAUCACUGAGGACCGUUGUAACGACGCUGAGUCUGUGUUUGAUAUGCGAGCGAUCCGACGUCACGGUCUGACAGCAAUAACGUCUCUGUUGUUACAAUGCCUUCGUGUGCCAGUGCCAUCACGAAGCAGAGCCUUUGUUCAUUCACCACGCUGCACGCACGAGUUUACACACGUUUUAACGAGGGGCGGUGAUACCUUCGCCUUUGGUGGAGGUCGCGUUGAAAAAACGGCGUCAAGCGUUGGGACUGAAGUGAACGUUGAGCGAGCUUCAUGGCCCAUUGGGAAAUAUGGCCUUGGACAACUGAGUGCCCCCACAAAAAGGCAGCAAAAUACGCAAUCGCCUACACACAAGGCUAAUGUUUGUGAACCUGGGAGCACUGUAUCAACGCAAAACAAUACUGACGUGGAAAAGGGUGAUUGGCGUGGGGCGAUGCGGACGCUUGACCUCGACCUUAACUCGUGUUUCCAACUCAUCCUCGAUAUCACGGACCAAUGGCUUAAAAGUGAUCUUUGUGAUUACCAGCUUCGGUGUUCAAUAUAUAGAUGCCUGUUACAGUUGUGCGAUCUGCUGUCGGCCGAACAAUUGAUUAAGAUCGACCUUGAAUGUUUCCGAUUUGGAGACUUCCUUUUCCAGGAUGACACCUUACUUGUACCGCUGUUUCUCGUCCUAAUGAGCAAAGUAUGCACGGUUCCUCUAUAUACCCAGUCUGAUGUACGUAUGGCACGCUUCAAUCUACUCACAAAACUGGAACGUGUCUUCGAGUACAUCAGUAAGCACGACCAUUACUCAUUCAAGCAGUUCGGCCUUUUGACGGCUGUCCUUGUCGCAUAUCGACAUAUUCCUGCCGUCAGGGUGGAAACAUCGAAAAUUAUUGUGGACACCAUUGUUGCCAUCACGACAUUUAAUGUCGGGACCGUAUGUGAGCCAACACUGGCACUAGCUCGAGCAGCAGCUUUCUAUCUGGUAGAGAGCGGGCGGAAUGAGGCAGACAAGGAUGUGUUACUAACACAGUGUAUGGAUAGUGCCUUCAGGGAUACGAGAAAUCUCAUUAUUACUUCUCAAUACGGGAUCCGACAUCUGUUACGGUCGCGAGGCAUGGAGCAGUGGGUACGCAAUUACCUAUUCAAAAGUUUCGACGUACAGUUUCGACGGGAUUGUCGCGCUAUCAACAUCGAGCAAAUGGAGAACCUUCGACUGAUCAUCAUCCUUGAUCUUCGGGAACAGCAUGAACGACGAGCACGAUUGGGCUACGAUUCCUCAACUCUGUCAUCUCCUGCCAUUGACAGUGAGGCACUGGCUUUACUGCUUGAAAAGUCUGUCAUGUUGUUCGAUUUCAUCAAGGCGACGCAUAGCUACCCCUUAGGAAAGGCAAUCUGUGGGAUCCUUUGCUCCGUAUAUGAGCAAUUGCCCUUUUCGGAAGGAAUCAGCAAAGUAAUGGGGGAGCUCCUUUCGUAUCAACAACCAUACCCUGAACUGCUAAUGAUCGUAUUGAACAGACUGUACUCAUCUAUGAUCGAGACAAAAUGUCAACUACAUCUAGUCGAGGACUGGCUAUUGCUUUCGUUGCACAACCUCACGCAGAGAUGUUCCUCAGCUGUUGCUCGAUGGAAUCUUCUCUGCUGUGCCCUAUCUGCUCUUGAAGACCCCAUGCUCCGGUCGCUACUUUGUACUGUCGUGCAUCGCCGACACUUAGGCGAGUAUGCUUCAGCUGACCGGGCUCUUCUUAAGCAAGCAGUGACUUCAUUAGCUCGACAGCUGGCCAAAAGCUCAAAGAAGGAUCAGCUGGUUGGCCUGUUGGCCUCAGUCACCGCCCCACCUUUCAUCCGGGAGCUCUAUUCGCACCUCUGCAGCCAGGCACACGCAGUAGGACUUGCCAAACCGCUUAAACAGCCAAAAUCUUCCUAUGCAGGACAAGAACUUUCUUAACCAUCUUUGUUACCUUAGACUAAAUAAUAACGAAAAUACUGUCCAUAGUCAACAUGUGAUCGACUCGUGUACACUACCUAAUUCAUUGAAGUAUUGUCUUCUGCACAUGUAAUAAACAUGCUACAGAGCAAAAACGGAAGAUCCAAUUAAAAACAAGGAAUUCCACUUUGUGAUGUUUUGAUCUAUUUUGCUGAUCCGUUUUUACGGCAUUACGUUCGUUAGCUAUUGCUAAGCAUUAUUCUAAGCCUGAGUAACUGGUACCGACAGUCAGCGAGUAACGACGCCGUAGAAUCAUAUUGCUUAAGUAGUACUAAACAGUUGAAAGCAUAACGAUGCUGAGCAAUAACGGCGCUAAGUCAGAUAGCUCGUAUUACAUAGACCAGUGAGUCAAAAUGGGAAAAAAUGGUUCUCACUCACGGUGCUAAUGCACCCAUUAGAUAUGCAUUCUUUAUUCAUUCCGGAGGCACAAAUCAGAUAUCGAUAUUUGACGAAUGUUUGUUUAAAGCACCUCCUUAACUACUGUCAAACAUACGAUAAAGUGAGCGAAAGACAGGCCGACAGUUGAAGACAUUUCCUCUUUUUUUGGCUCUUAUUCCUGUGUCCUAUAACUUCACUGACAUCUAUAUUUGAAAGAUCUUGUACGCCCGUGCAGCCUGUUUGGCUAAAAAAAAUUAAGAUUAGAAUCCAGAAAUCUAUAUUUGCUAACGAUCACUUCAGUUAUCACUUUGAGGCUGGUUGAAAAGCUAGGAGACAACAGAAUAACCUUAUAAAUAACGACACUACGGACAACAGAAGGAAAGUUGUAGUGCAAUACAACUUUAAAUCUAUAUUGGAACAUAACGUCAAACAUUAGAUCGAAAUGUAUUGACGCAUUAUUGUAUUACAUGCCAAUGUUUUUAAAUGUUGUAAUUUUCUGAAAGUAUGCGUGCGCGUACCUAAUAAAGAAGAAAGUAA